UAGGCUACUAAAAAUGGCCGGUGAUGGAGGCGCUCUGAAGGAUAUCAAUGAGAUUAAAUCCCAGUUCAGGACUAGAGAGGGUUUUUACAAACUGCUGACCCUCUCGGAUUCACAACAACGAGGCGGACUACCUCGGGGUCUGUCCGCAGGUACCACGGUGGGCCCCGGGGUUGGACCGGGUUCGAUACCCGGUGGUGGUUUAGGUCUGGUGCAGGGGCCCGGAGGUGCCUCCUCCUCCAAUGCCGCAGCCAACUCCUCUCCGGCGGGCUUCCUCCCUCCUGUCAGGGUCUCCAUGGUGAAGCUUCAACCGGAGGACCCGAGUGAAGAAUCCGAGAGAGUGUGUUUUAACAUCGGAAGAGAGCUUUAUUUCUACACUUACACAAAUAUCAAGAAGGCUGUGGACCUCAGUAAACCCAUAGACAAGCGUAUCUACAAGGGCACCCAGCCCACCUGCCAUGACUUCAACCAGUACUCUGCCACAACAGACAGUGUGGCCCUCAUUGUGGGCUUCUCAGCAGGCCAGGUUCAAUACCUGGACCCCAUUAAGAAGGAGACAAGCAAGCUCUUCAAUGAGGAGAGGAUGAUAGACAAGUCCAAGGUGACCUGUCUGAAAUGGCUGCCCAAGUCCGAGAACCUGUUCCUGGCCUCUUACGCCAGUGGCCACCUCUACCUCUACAACGUGGAGCACCCGUGUGGCACCGCCGCCCCGCAGUACUCCCUGCUCCGCCAGGGCGAGGGCUUUGCAGUCUAUUCCUGCAAGACGAAGACGCCCCGAAACCCGCUGCUGCGCUGGGCCGUGGGCAAUGGAGGCCUCAACGAGUUUGCCUUCUCGCCAGACGGCGUGCAUGUGGCGUGUGUGGGCCAGGACGGCUGCCUGCGCGUCUUCCACUUUGACUCCAUGGAGCUGCAGGGCGUGAUGAAGAGCUACUUCGGCGGUCUGCUGUGCGUCUCCUGGAGCCCUGAUGGCAAAUACCUGGCCACGGGCGGCGAGGACGACCUGGUGACGGUGUGGUCUUUCGCAGAGAGCCGCGUGGUGGCCCGGGGACACGGCCACAAGUCCUGGGUGAACGUGGUGGCCUUUGACCCCUUCACCACCAGCCUGGAGGACGAAGAGCCCAUGGAGCUGAGCGGCAGCGAGGAGGACCUACAGCAGGGGCCGCUGCACUUUGGCCGCGUGCGCACAAGCAGCACGCUGUCACGCCUCUCCCGCCACAGCUCCAAGGGAGGCUCGCCCUCCGUCACCUACCGCUUCGGCUCGGUGGGCCAGGACACCCAGUUCUGCCUGUGGGACCUGACGGAUGACGUGCUGUACCCAAGGCUGCCCCUGUCCCGUGCCCUCACCAACACCUUCGGCCCCACCAUCCCUCCCUCGGUCAGCAGCACCAUCAACAACACUACAGGUGGAGGGGUCGUAGGAGUAGGAGGGGUAGAGGGCCACCACCACCCCACCACUAACCCCCACCAGUCACCCCCCAUGCCCCUGCCACUCCCCCGCUCCCUGUCGCGCUCCAACUCCCUCCCCCACCCCGCCGUGGCCAACGUCUCUAAGGGCCAGAGCACGACGGAGGGCGGGGGAGGGAGCGGAGGGGGCAACGCCACCCCCUUCAGUAUCGGCCGCUUCGCCACGCUCUCCCUGCAGGAGCGUAAAUCGGACAAGUCUGGAGGGAGCGGCGUGGGCGGGGAGAAAGAGCACAAGCGCUACCAUAGCCUGGGCAACAUCAGCAAGAGCAACGACAAGAUCAACGUAGCGCCACGCAGCAGUCGCCUGGACGCCGCCAAGGUCCUGGGCACCACCCUGUGUCCGCGGAUGCACGAGGUGCCCCUGCUGGAGCCCCUGGUGUGUAAGAAGAUCGCCCACGAGAGGCUGACCGUGCUGGUGUUCAUGGACGACUGCAUCAUCACCGCGUGCCAGGAGGGCCUCAUCUGCACCUGGGCACGGCCGGGUAAAGUGAACUUGACAGCACAGAACGGGAACUCUCCCAGUGGCACGGUAGUAUAGCUGGAAGUGGAACUUUGACUCCCCUCUCCCCCACCAAACCCCAUCAUGGCUGAAGAGGGGCCAGCAUCUGCACCCUAUCAUCCCAGUAUUGACCCCUGAUGUAUCCCCUUGCCUCUUCUCAGCCUCUCACCGCUUCUCUUUAGGAAGACUACAAAACAAAAAUGGGGACCGUCCCUCUUUUCCCAGAAGCAUAGAGAAGGCCGACUCCUCUCCACCCUGCAAACACGAAAGUAAUUGUAUUUUAUUUAUUUACCUUAUCUCAAGACUGAAGUAAUUUAUAUUGUAAAUAAUACGAAUACUCUAUCAAUACAGAGGACAAAGAGUAUCAAAAUAUUGACUCAAGCGAGUGGAAAGACAUAAAAUAUUACUAUAUGAAGAUCCUAUAUUGUACAUAGCGACACAGUUAACAUUGAAUAUCUGCAGUUAGGGACCUGCAGAUAGUGUUUUUGUGUGAUAGAGGUCCUUGAUUUGUCGUCUCUUGAAGCAAACUGGUUUGAAGAUGGAUGCAUUUAGGGUCUCCGGCAUCAAAGACUUCACCCUUGUGCAGUACAGAGAACAAUCUUCCUAUGGCUGCUACUGUACUCUUCAGCUGAGACUGUCCGCUCCCAAUAAUACUUGUUCCUAACAUUACUGCACAGUGACACACCGUACGCUUUCAAGCAGUGUAGCAUCCAUUAGCCUCCAUUCCCCCUCACACCUGUAAUGCCUCUUGCAAGAUUUUGCACAUUCAACAUUGGUCAUUUUAGCCCACAAAAGGAAACUGGAGGCAAUUUGUCUUGUGAUCUUCCGUUUGUGUUUUGUUAAUUGACAUGGCUUUUAUUUCAUGUCAUUUUAAGCUACUGAUUCUAACUCUGCUGUAUUAUUUGUAGAUUAUUCUGUGUACGUGACAUCCAUGAUAUUUUAUCAACCUGGAUAAAUGACAAUGAUCAGUGGGUCUUGCAUCAAACCAUUGUUUUACCUAGAAAUUAUUUAAUGUGUGGGGUUUGAGGUUCGGUAUGCUGAAAGGCAUGCUACUGUCAUGAGUCAAAGCUACCGGUGUAAUAACACCAGACUAGAAAUGGUGGUGGACCAACUAAAAUUUGUAGAGAAGAAGUGACUGUGUUUAGGAUCUGGCCAGUUAAGAUAAGAACACUGUUGAUAAUGGAAUGUACACUGAAGACUACCCAUUUUAUUAGUAUGUGUAUGUCCUAAUAACAGUUAUGUGAAAUGGCAAAAGGUGACACUUAAACCAUCAACACUAAAAUCAUUUACUGUACACUGAAGAAUACCCUCUGAUUGAAGGCCUUUUUCAAUACUGCAAGAGAAUGGGAACUAACCAUUUUAUGCCAAGGGAAGAAAAACAAAUGGAAAGGGUUUUCUUUUUGACCGUUUACAACAGACCAUAGCAUGUAAUGUCAUUUUUUUCAGUGUGCAUUAUACACACACACUUACACGUGAGGUGGUAAAGUUAGUGGCAAAUUAUAUCACAGUAUUAAGUUUGUAUAUAGGGGGAUAUGUUAUUAAAAUUCUAAACCCAAAUGCUACAUGUUACUCUCAGGCUAUAGCCGUCUCAUUGAUUUGCAAUAGGAAUAUCUGAAUCGAAUUCUGUUUUUUGUAGUUAUAAACUCUCCAAGCUCGUGCACUUUAUAAUCACAAAAUAUAGUGCUCUUGUCAUCCAAUAUCUAUUAUCUUGUUAUCAAAGUUACGUUUUUCAUGACUUUGAUAAAUGUGCAGCUGUAUGACAGAACGCAACUAGUUUCUUUAACAUUGAAAACCUGUCAUGAUUGUUAUCAUCGUGGGCAUCCUUCAUGACAAAUGUUGAGUCAAAAACAUGCCAGAGAAUGGUAAUUUAAAGAAAGAGCAAAAUGUAGACGGAUAUACUUGCGUUUGACAGAGACAGACAGGAUUGUGUUUGAGUUUGAAAUUAGAGUUUUUAUUUCACUGAGGUGUAAGAUUGAGUACAGAGAAAUGACAUUGAAUAGGAUGAAAACCGUCUCUUGCUCAGACAAGGUAAGCAGAGAAACAAACCACCUUAUGCACCCUGACUUUCAGUACAAAUGACAUGGAGCACAUAAAUGACAUAGAUCUGUCAAUACAUCUGACUUAGUCAUUAUUGUUUGGAAAACACUUCACAUUACCUAUGCAUAACUAUAAAGGAGUAACCUAUGGAGUAAUAAGUAAAUACAGUCACGUAGUAAUGUUUGGUAACAUGUGUAUGAAGAAUAUCAUGAAAAGUGUGAAGGUUGCUCACUUUAGCAUGUCAUUAAGGGACAUGCUCCCCUUGUACUGUAAAAUAGUUUGCACACCAUCCCAAGAAUGUUUACGACCACAAAUAACUGUAGCGACCCUGUGUUUAUAAGCGUGGAUAUCGACUUUACCACUACCAGCAUGCUUUUGUGGCGCAGUUGAUGCCAUGCACGGCUAAGGUUGAAGGUUCGCCGACCACCACGGACGAGCUCACUCUCUCUGCCUGUUUCAUUACACUACGAUCAGAGCCAGCUGCAGAUGAUCAACUAGGGGGAAAUAAGAUUUUCAAAAUGUAAAUGCUAUAUAAUUAUAUAAAAUAUAUGCAAUGCAUUUUCCAACAACAAAUUUCUGUGCCAAUGCCCCAAACAACCAAUAAGCAAAGCAUAGCAUCCCCGAUUACCGACUUUGGGCUCUUCAAAAUCAUGGUUUGCGUUUACAACACCAAAAUCAAAUAGACUAUGUCAAUCUCGACAAAAAUAAAAUACAUCCCUUCCUACCUUGUACCCAGUAUCGAAGGCUUGACAAUCUCAGAAUUUCAGUUGUUGGUGUUUUGUAUCAGAUAUCUCUUUCCAUUCAUCAGUUUGAAUGCUGGAAGUAUAUUAGAGUAGAGUGGACGAACGUGCGCAGGUCGGCUAUAGGAGACUUCUGAAGUAGCCUAAUCAGAUUAAAACAUGGUACUGGGCACAGCACAUCAUUUCAACGUGGAGAAUUUGGGUAAUAUUAGGUAGAAACGUUGAUUAAUCAGAUUCCAACCUAUUUUCACUCAAAAACUGCCAAAAGUUUGUUGAAUUGCCAAUGUGUUAUCACUGCUUUCAACCAUAUAAAAACACAACCAAAUUCCAAUGGAAAAUCAUUGUAAAAUGUUGUUUAUUUAAGUACAACUGAAUGUGUUAUCACUGUUCUUGAUCUAAUAGCACAGCCAAAUGACCUGGAUUGCAGAAAAUUGAGAUUACAUUAAAGUACAUGGUGCAAGUGA